AUGGAUGCUAUAGUCCUGUUUGUUCAAUGCCUCCUCAUAUUCGGACUAAGCCUGGGGAUAUACCACGCUGUGAAAUGCGUCUUCGUCUCAACUUCCUUGGACAAUAUACCAGGCCCACCGUCGCAGUCGUUUGUCAAAGCGCUUCACACGAUCCUCGUUAAGGAUGGGAGCAUCUGGGAACAAACGCCACACUUCGUUGCUGCGAACGGAGCCCUGUUUGGCCCAGGGCUAUUAGCUACGCUUGGUGAUCAACAUCGGAGGCAGCGCAAAAUGAUUAAUCCUGUCUUUUCUGCUAACCACAUGCGGUUCAUGCUACCGAUGUUCUAUGGCACUGCCCGGAGACUUCGUGACGCUAUCAAAAGCCGUGUCGAGAAUGGGCCGCAAGAGUUAGACAUGGCGAAUUGGAUGGGUCGAACGGCACUAGAGCUCAUCGGGCAAGGCGGUCUCGGCUAUUCUUUCGACAAACUCGUCGACGACAAGAAAUAUGUGUUGGCUGAAUCCAUGAAACGAAUGUUCCCGAGUGUCUCCAAGCUCGGGGUGCUGCCACUGUUCCUACCUCAGCUGCGGGCUAUCGUACCCGCUGGAUUGCGAGGUCCUUUGGCCAGCAUCGUACCGAUUGCAGCUGCACGUGAUAUGAAGUACAAUUCGGACUUCGUGGCGCAGAAGAUGCAGGACAUAUACGAUUCAAAGAAGCGUGCCUUGCAGCAAGGCGAUGAAGCCGUCGCAGAACAGAUCGGACAAGGGAAGGAUAUCAUGAUGAAAGCGAACAUGCAUGCAACAGAGAAAGACGGUCUAUCAGAGUACGAGUUGGUCUCACAGAUGUCCAUCUUGGUUUUGGCGGCCAUGGACACGACAUCCAAUACCUUGUCGCGGAUCUUGCUCAUUCUCGCUGAGCGUCCGGACGUCCAGCAGCGUCUGCGUGCGGAGGUCAUCGAGGCCUCCCAAGGCGAGGAUUUAUCGUACGACCGUCUCAUGCAACUGCCGUUCCUCGAUGCCGUGUGUCGAGAAACUCUGCGUCUGUAUCCUCCCUUGCAAUGGUCAGGCAGAGUAGCGACACAGAACACUGUCGUGCCGGUCUCAAACCCAAUCCGUGGAAUCGAUGGCAAGCUAAUCACCCAAAUGGUGGUACCGAAGGGCACCGAGGUUCUCCUUGGUGUGAUUGGCUGCAACACGAGCAAGGCAUUCUGGGGUGAAGACGCAUUGGAUUGGAAGCCGGAGCGUUGGUUAGCGCCGCUUCCGGAAUCCGUGACCAAAGCGGGCCUGCCUGGUGUAACGGCGAACCUGAUGUCCUUCCUCGGCGGAAGACGGGCUUGCAUCGGUUUCAUGUUCGCCGAGAUGGAGAUGAAGGUCGUGUUGGUCGCAUUGCUGCAGAGCUUCGUCUUUUCCCCCUCCGAUACACAGGUUCUUUGGAUCCCGUCCCCAGUUUUCUAUCCAGCAGUCAAUGAGGACCGGACGACUCCGCGGAUGCCACUCCAAGUCUCUGCAUACCACCAGUAG